AUGGAAGCAGACCGGCAGUGUCAACACGAAUCAAUUCCCCAACGGUGGGCCUUUGUUGACGAGUGGAGACGAUAUUCUAGGAAUUGUGGACUGUGGAGGACCUGGCGCGUGCUGCUGGGCGACGGAACGAGGGUUGACCGGACGCUUAGGGAAGUGUAUCGUGGGCCUGCACUCUGGGAAAGAAGGCGCUCGUGGCUGCUUGUUGGCCGUCCUCAAGCCGCGCAUGAGGAGACGCGCCUACAGCGCCCAAAGCGGGAUGUGGUCGUGUGCCAUGAGAUGGCGCGUAUUGUCACUGUCACGAAAAGCUAG